UACAUUCUGUCUACCACAGCCGAAACAAUUCAACGUAGAUUAGAUUAUUUUAUGUCUUGCAAAUGAUAUCACUAUACCUUCUUCGUGUUACUUAGUUUAUUAUCGUGUUUAGUGUUUUAGUUAUCUGUGGUGUAAGUGAAAAUGCGCAAAAUUAUAUUUAUGUUGAAAAUAUUGUAUAAAUGGAUUGUGACUUCGAAGCCGAAACAAAAUAAGGUUGAAGAAAAGAAAAUGGCGCUUAUAUUUGAAGAAAUGGAUCUGGAGAAGGAGUAUUCUCCAAGCAGGUGGUCGACCAGAUUUAAUUCCGCGCAAGAAGUUCUCCACCACCACGUUGCCUUUAUAACUUCAGCAAGCGAGACGGCUGUCAACAAUGUACCACAUAAAUUGGAGAUCGAAUACGGGUCAACGUUGGGACAAAAAUUGGACAUUUUGGGCACAGAUCUUCCAGACGAUGCACCAAUACUCGUCUUCAUACAUGGUGGCUACUGGCAGGAGUUAUCCAGAGAAAUUUCCAGAUAUCCAGCGCUCCCGUUAUAUAAUUCCAGAAUCAAGACCAUAGUUGUUGGUUACGAUCUGUGUCCUGCAGCUACGUUACCAGAAAUAAUUCACCAAAUACAAAAAGCCGCAAAAUUCGUCUUCGAAUACGCCGAAAAGAUGGGAUCUAGAGGUGUAUAUUUCGCUGGACAUUCAGCUGGUGCGCACCUGGUCGCGAAGUUGUUAGCGAAUGCCGACUUCCUUGACAACACGCCAGGCACGCAGCGUCUACAGGGAGCUUUUCUCAUUUCGGGGGUGUACGAUUUACGAGAGCUAGUACACACCUCAAUCAAUGACGCCGUUCAAUUACCGGCCGAGUGGGCUGUACCCCUCUCUCCCCAAUUCGACUGUUUCGUUCAUUUACAAGUACGAAGGGUAAGAGUUUUCAUUUUGGCGGGUCAAAACGAUAGCCCAACGUUCAAGAAACAAUCGAGAGAGUACUUUGAACUACUACAUAACACUUGCCUCAUGCAAAACAUGUACUUGGAAAUAAAAGACGACAUGGACCAUUUCGACAUUGUCGAGUGUUUCGCUAACAAUGACAAUUAUCUAAAGAACUUGAUGGUGCAUGACGUUCGUAAACAUUUAUAAUGUGUUUGUUUGUUACAAUGUAUUUUUAGUUCUACAUUUUAUACGAUUAAAUGUAGGAACUGAAUAGGAUAAGGUUAUGACUCCACUAAGAAUUUACUGCAGGCUUAUUGUGUAGGCUGAAUCCAAGAACUACAACAUCAUUGAUCGACGAUAUCUAAUUUUUAUGUUGUUCGUUAAAUAUCCGUAGUGUGAUGUUGCUAACUACGAAUGAUGUGGUAGUAAAACGCAAUAUUGGCAUCAGAAUUAUUAUUGAAGUUAUUGGGUAAGCCCCCAUUCAGAAUUUAAUGUUGAGUUGGUAAUGUAUAAGCUUCCAACCUCUUGAGUCUAGACAUAAAUCAACCACCUCACUGGAGCCGUAACUGAGUGCGAAAUACGUGAAUUUAAAGUAUGAAAUGAUUUUAAUGUAGAUCCGCUAGUUAUAAUAUUUUAUAUAAAGUUUAAAUAAGUAAGAUUUCGAAUUUAUUUUAAUAAAGCUGCCAUUAAUAUGAACAAAAUUGUUGUACAUAUUUAUGAAAUAAAUUUAAAGUAAACGUUGA